AUGACGUUAAAGAUGAAGAUCGAGAUGGAGCAAGCCUUCUAUGAUUUGCUGAAAACUGUCUACUGGGGGAGAUACGUGCGUGUAAGAAAUGUGAGAAAUGAUGGGGAAGUUGAUUGUGUGGCGUGCCAGAAACCGAUAUCAGCAGGUCCCGCUUUUGAACACGGGGAUCAAGACCUCUACUGUCAUUUUUCAUGCCUCAAUGCACCCACCAAUUACAAAGCCCUUCUUUUUCACUUCGGCUUAGACCAUGACCGCUUGAUCUUCACUGAAGAAGUGAAAAGUGAUGGCAAGGAGGACGUUCUUUGCUUGGGGUGCGAGAAGCCAGUUCUGGGUCCCGGAUACAAAUGCUCCACUUCCAAUUGCAAUUUACUCCUCCAUAAAUCAUGCGUUGAGCUGUCUCCCCAGAUACAACAACACCCCUUCCACCCAAACCACACCCUCAUUCUUGUGGAGCCAGAUAAAAAAUAUUGUAAUUUUUGCGGUAAAAAUUGCAAUAGGUACCCCUUCUACCGUUGCAGUAAGUGCGAUUUCAAUCUUGAUAUCACAUGUACCUCCACCCGCCCGCGAAUUAAUAAUAUUGAGGACUGCCUACACGCAUUCAUCCCCUUCUUUCAAAAUAACCACUUCACUUGUAAAGUUUGUGGUGAGGAAGCCAAGGAGUACUUAGCUUCCUUAUGUAGCAUUUGUCAACUCUUGAUUCAUGGAAAAUGUGCCCGAUUUCCACGCAUCAUCUGGAUUUCAAGACAUGAUCACUCCCUUGCUAUCACAUAUUCUCUUCAAGUCAAAGAGCACUUGGACAGCAACGUAUUCUGUAAACUUUGCUAUCAAAAGGUGAAGACAGAGUAUGCAGCCUAUUAUUGUAAGGAAUGCGAUUACGUGGCCCACUUGGAUUGUGUAUUUGAAGAUGGAGAAAGUGAAAAGCACAUGUUCAUGCCUAAGAAAUCCAUUGCUUUAGCGGCUGAUGUUAUGGAGGUUGAAGGAGCAGCUCAGAUACAACAUUUUAGCCAUCAACAUGAUUUAUUUCUUGGCAAUGAGGAGCUCGCUGAUGUUAAGUUUUGUGAUGGUUGUAUGGAAUUCAUCUCCACCCCGUUUUACAGUUGUAUGCAAUGCAACUUCUUUCUUCACAGUAGAUGUGCUCGGCUACCAAGAAAGAAGCAACACAUACUUCACCAACACCAGCUCACCCUCGUCUCAAAGGUACCUGAAUAUAAUGGAUUGUUUAGGUGUGAUGCUUGUCAUACUCUCCAUCAUGGCUUCGCCUAUAGAUGUGACAUGUGUAAUUUCAACUUUGACCUUCAAUGUUGUUCAAUCUUGGAAACCCUGAAACAUGAAAGUCACCAACAUUUCCUCUUCCUUCCGGUUAAAUCUAAUAGAAGAUGUCAUGCUUGUAAUCGCCCUUCUAACAAGGAACCUGAUGUACACAAAUUUGUAUUUGUAUGCACUAGUUGUGAUUUCGCCUUGGGUCUUGAAUGUGCAACUCUUCCGCUCGUAGCUCGGAAACACAAGUAUGAUGAUCAUCUCCUCAAGCUCACCUACAUUGCUAAAGAUCAUUGUGAAGAAUACUAUUGUUUAAUUUGCGAAAGAGAAAGAGAUCCAAAUCAUUGGUUCUAUUAUUGUGCAGAAUGCGACUUCCAUGCUCAUCCCCUGUGCGUUUUAGGAAAAUAUCCAUACAUUAAGUUUGGAAGUACUAUUGAAGUAGAAGUUUUGCACCAGCACCCUCUCACUUUUGUCUCAAAGAUUGAGUCCUCCCCUCCAUGUGAUAGUUGUGGUAAGACUUUCGAUGGCUUGGCUGUAGAAUGUACUCAAUGCAAAUCCAAUGUCCACCUUGACAGUUCGUGUAUUGCAAAAAUAACUACCAAAGUCGUUUCGAAGUGA